CGAUUUUACACAACACGUCUUUGAAUGGGUUUUGCUAAAACAUUCAACAAUAGUGCUUCACAUGAAAUGGUAAAAUGGGCGAAACACAGAAAGCAUCAAGUUUAGAAAACUCUGUGAAACAAGAUGAGCAGUUAUCACAAGAUGUGCCUCCAUCAGAUAUGCCUAGCGCUCCUUCGAAAUCAGAGGAAUCACAACUUAUCGUCAAAGUCAUCAUGACUUUCUUGAAAUACACAGGAGCAGCACUUCUAGUGUGGUUCGUGGGAUGGUUUGGGUUUGGUUACCUAUGGGUGGUACUUGGCACGCUAAUAUUUACUAUCUGGGUCAAGAAACAGGAGAAAAAGCAGGAGAAGAAGACAAUAACGCGUGCAUUGGCUGAGGAAGAGGAAAAGGCGGUCGCCGCUAGGGUCGACGAGCUACCUGCUUGGGUGUUUUUCCCAGAUGUUGAAAGAGCAGAAUGGUUGAAUAAGAUGAUCGUCCAACUUUGGCCAUUUAUCAACGACAUGGUUGUCAAGAUAAUGAAGGAAACUGUGGAGCCAGAGAUUCAAAAAAAUGUCCCUGGAUUUCUCAAGUCCAUUCACUUUGCAGAAAUCUCCCUUGGAAAUCAGCCCCCUCGUAUAGGAGGUAUCAAGACCUACACCCGAAAUGUCAAGCGCUCUGAGAUCAUCAUGGACGUGGACCUGAUAUAUGCUGGUGAUGCUGAUAUCCAGCUGUCAGUCAAGGGAAUAUCUGUUGGAAUAGAGGACCUGCAGCUCCGUGGAACACUGAGAGUGAUCAUGAGUCCACUUGUCCCAAGUGCUCCUCUUGUUGGUGGAAUAUCUGUUUUCUUCCUUAACAGGCCUGACAUUGACUUUGAUCUGACGAAUCUGCUGAAUAUCCUUGACAUUCCUGGGCUCAGUGACAUCCUGCGUGGAGUGGUUGGGGAUGUCGUGGCAUCAUUUGUAGUCCUGCCUAACAGGAUCUGUAUCCCACUGACUGAUGUUGAUCCCUACAAGCUGAAAUACCCACUUCCAGACGGUGUGCUUCGUAUAGAAGUGACAGAAGCCAAGGACCUGGUGGCUAAAGACAUUGCCGUAUUCAAGAAGGGCACAUCAGACCCCUAUGCCAUGGUCAAAGUUGGAGCACAAACCUUCAGGACCGAAACCAAGAAAGAGACUCUCAACCCUAAAUGGAAUGAGGUGUUUGAGGUGUUUGUCGAUAACAGCCAAGGCCAGAAAAUCAAGAUCCAGUUAUUUGAUGAGGACAGGGCGUCUGAUGACGAGGCGUUGGGCUCUGUGGAAGCUGAUAUUAGUACUGUGGUACAGCAAGGCAGUGCUGACCUGUGGCUGCCGCUUGAGAAUGUGGCAAGUGGCCAAAUCAACCUUCAUUGUACCUGGUACACAUUCACCAACAGUCCUGAUGACCUUUUACCACCCGAGAAAGCAGUCCAAGGCGAAGAGAUGUUGGCAACGUCAGCCCUUUUUGUUAAACUAGACUCUGCUAAAAAUCUUCCUGUUACCAACGCUGCUCGCGGCACCACCAGCGCAUUUUGUAAAUUGACAGUUGGUAAUAAGACAAAGAACAGUAAGACCAUCACAGAUUCUAUCAGUCCAGUUUGGGAGGAACCAUUCAGGUUCUUGAUCCACGAUCCCAAAUACCAAGAACUGAACAUUGAGGUGUUUGAUAGCGAGAAGGAGAAGUCCAUCGGCAAGCUGGAUGUACCACUGUCCAGCAUACUGCAAGACGAGGAUAUGACGUUUGAGCAGCCUUUCCCGCUCAAAGACUCCGGCCACAACAGCACGCUAACCUGUCAGUUUAUACUCAAGGCGCUUGUGACCCGUGAGGACGACACUUCAGACGAAGAAGAUGCAGCCGAGGCUGCCGAUACGGAACAGCUGAUACCAAGCAAGGACAAUAGUGGCGAGAAGACAACCGUCAGAAAGAGAAAGACAGAGCCUAAGGAAAAGAUUGAAAGGACUGUCACAGGAGAUGUCUAUCUUACCAUUCGCUACGACUCACAGGGCAGCAAGCUCAUCGUCACAGACAUGAAAGCUAGGGAUCUGAUGCCAUGUGACUCGGACGGACUAGCGGACCCCUACAUGCGGUCUUAUGUCCUGCCGGACAAAUCCAAAAGCAACAGACGCCGCACAGACAUUGCUAAGAACACCCUUAGUCCAUCUUUUGACGAGAAAUUUGAGUGGAUGAUCCCUGAGGCUCAGCUCAAGGAUCGCACUCUUGAUGUCACCGUCAAGAAUGACGUGUCAUUCUUCUCCAAGAGCAAGACUUCUAUGGGCCAGGUUCUCAUAGAUUUGGGUAAAUUGGACUUGAGCAAACCCAUCUCCGCAUGGUAUAUGUUGAGGGACGAGAAAGAUGAUGACUAAGCUGUGUGUACCGCGCUAGGUAGAAAUUCCAUCGCAACAUUCGUAUGCUGAUCAUUCAAGGACGAAGUCAGGUUUAAAACCUAACGUAAGGAUAUGAGUGAUAACGUUAACGCUGACGUGACAUUUUGAGUGGCGAAUUCAAACCAAAAUAAAUACAGUUACGCCAGAAAGCGCAAAUAAGAAUUCUACAAUGAAAAUAAGCUUCUUCUCUCAAAGAAACGCGCGAAUUUUCCACCCAAAAAGUCCCAUGAUUUCUUAGUGCUAGUUGCCUGUUUGCGCACGCUCAUAUCAGGUAGCAAUGGUUGGGCCUGGGACUAUAUAAAGGAAACCAUGGCCUUUCUCAUCCCAGAUCUUUCGCUUGAAUUCAACCCUUCACAUGUUCAGCCCAUUAGAAUCUCCAGCCCGAGUUCUUCUCGGUUUAUUAAUUCAAAAUAGAGUUCGAUUUCAAAAUGGCCCAUGGUCAAGAGUAAGAAGAACCUCUUAACGGAUGCGCUGUGAGACCUCUUAUCUCGCGCCCAAGUCCCGACCGUUGGCCAUUAUAUACACAGCGUGAAAACCCUCCGAAUCAGUCCCUCCGUAUAAUACCCUCGGAAUCAGACCCUCAGAAUCAGACCUUCCGUAUAAUACCCUCAGAAUCAGACCUUCCGUAUAAUACCCUUAGAAUCAGACCCUCAAAAUCAGACUUUCCGUAUAAUACCCUUAGUAUAAUACCCUCAGAAUCAGACCUGCAGAGUAGACAUCUUAGGUGGUAUAGCCUCGAUGUUUCUAUGCGCAGUGCAAGGAGUCUGUAGCGCAGGCUAAACGUGGGUAUUUAAAACAAAUAGAAUUUGACGAAACCAGUCGUAACAAAUAGCUUUUUUUUUUCUUUAUUUAGGUAAAAUCGCUUUAUUAAUUAUUAGCAAUUUUCAAUUUGAUAUAUAUAUGUAUGUAUUUUUAGGUUUCCUUGUCGUAUAGAGUAAUAAUAAUAUUCAAAAUAAUUUAAUAAAUGGAAUAAUUUUA